GUUUCGACAGCCAAAAAUCUCCGGGGGCUAGAGACGGAAAAGAAACCUGUAUUUAUUAAAGAAAAUGGAGGAAGACACACUGAUAUACCUGCAACUGCACAAGCUAUCAUCCAUAAAGUCCGAAGAAGACCUCGAACACAUACUCACAACCCUAUGGAAGACCCGCAAAACCGGCCUCUCCAAUCCAGAAAAGUCCCAUGUUCAGUCCCUUCUCAAUCUUCCUUCCAUUCCUGAAGUCGACCCUGUUCUGGCAUGCCUUCGUUUGCUUAUCAGAAAAUGCGUACAUGAGAACUUUGCUGGUGAUGAUAUCUUGAAGGUGUUUCCACCUGAAUUGUCAUUUGAUCUGAGAAGCAUUCUUAUCAUGUUAUUCCAGAAACACCAAAACCAGUGGAAGGUGGAAAUCUCCAGGGACCAGAAUCUAUUGCCAAGGACAGGUUUCUCUCACCAGGUCAAUGCAGGCGUGCUAUCUUCUUCCGACAUUUCUGCAUCACUGUGGCCUCGACAAGAUGAUCCUGUUGCUCAUUUUAGUCGCAACAAUCUAGGGGCAUCUCCACCAAUUAUUGCUGAAACUAAUGUGUCACGUUUGGCUCCCAUACCUCUCCAAUGCGACGAUGGUCCUCCUGACAAUCUGGGAAUUCUACCCCGCCUCAAGUCAAUGACUUGGACCUUGGAGAAUCUGAACACAACAAAUAAUAGAGUGGCCAUCGUUAGUCUGAAGCUGCAAGAUUAUACCAAGUCUCCUUUAGGAGAGACGGAAGUGAAGUUUCAGCUUACUAGAGAUACACUUGAAGCUAUGUUGAGGUCAAUGACCUACAUCAGUGAACAACUAUCACUUAGACAGGGAGGAAAGGUUCAACUGUUACCUGAAAAUAGUCUCUUCUUCUAGUUGGAUUAUGUAUUCUAGAUGGACCUAGAGGAAAGGUGGAUAGAUGUUGGAUCUUCUUCAGGCCCAUCCCAGAAGAAACAAAGGCAGUGAGCAUUGCGUAAUGCAGUCUAAUAAUAGUCAACAAUUAUCGCUGGCUUGAAAUGCAUGCAAAGUGCUGUUUCAGCAAGGAUGUGACUUGUAGGUUAUAAGCAAAAUGUAUCUGUACUGUAAUUAAAAGAAACUCUGAUAUUCAAGAGUAAUGACCCUUUUUGUUCACAAAUUUACUGGUAAUUCAAUGAUCUAUGAGAUUGCGUCAUGUGGAUACUGAAUUCUAUAUUCUGUUGCUGAUCAUUGAUUUGAUUGUGAAUUAAAACAACCACCUGCAGGAAAUGAUACAGGCAUAAUACUUACAGAAUAAUUCAGGAAAAAAAAAAAAAAUA